AUGAAACCAAAUGGAUAUCGCAGGCAGAUACGCAAAUGGUUCCACAACAAAACACGUGAUACAGCUCGAGUCUAUCCUAGAUCACGGUCGGAGACCGGUCGUGAUUCCAGUUCUCGACGAUCCACACCGUCAGACAGUCGAACAGUCGUACAUAGUGGACCGUUUAAGACUCCACUCAAGCGAUCUCGCUGGGAUUCCAGUCACGCAGAUGUGGAGUUAGAUGCUCGUGGUGAUCAAAACAGAGCGCAAGACAUAACUGAGGUUAGAAGCCAUAUGGCUAGUUUUGUCCUGGACGCUCGGCAAAAUCACCCGAUCAAGCAGCAUAACUCAUCUUCUCUGCUACGAGAUUCCGCUUUGCAGCCGAAAGAUUUUUGCCCGGAACAUUAUCGAGUUAAACUGGCAGAUUUUGGGUUCAGCAAAUUGACUUUAACACAAGACCAACCGCUAACCACAUUUUGCGGGUCCCCGGCGUAUGCUGCACCUGAACUUUUCCAAGCACAGAAUUAUCAGGGUGGACCGGUUGAUAUGUGGGCUCUAGGUGUUGUCCUGUUCUUUCUACUCACUGGCAUGCUUCCAUAUCGCGGUUCCACUGUCGGUCAUGUGCGUCGUCUGGUGUUGGAGAAUCGCGGAUUACAACCACCUGACUGGCUUUCAAAAGGUGCUAACACGCUGUAUUUAAAACUGACCGCAAGGCAACCCAGUGAUCGUCCAUCUGCGGCCGCACUUUUGCGAUAUGCACAAUCGGACGCGCAACGCCAUCACUCCGGAGCUGCUUCUGAGAACAGUCUACCACAACCACCAGUGGACGAAUCGAAUACAGAAUUACAACCAUGGAUGACCUGGCUUUCUGGUCAAAUCUUCCCGAAAGCGUUACCGCGAUUCAACAAAUGCCCACCGGUAUCCACCACCAAUGCCACUACCGCUGCCACCAUGAACACGAACGCCUCGACCACGACCAAUGUCAUUGUGACCGCCAUCGAGAAUAACAUUUCCCCGAGCAACGCAAGUAGCACAAAGGACGAAGAACAGAAAGAAAACUCUAAAGCUGUAGAUUUGGGAGUCACAUCUGAGGAUAAAGAUGCAAAUCUUCCAUUGCACUCAUCAUUAGCUGCAGUAGAAACGGAACCAUCACAACCCAGUUUCAACAAAUCCAACCAGUCCAUCUCGGGUCAUAUCGUAGCUUCAGAUGAAGCAGAAGUGGAAGCCGCUCGAAUGUUGCUAGAAUUAGGUGUCACCCGUGAGGAGAUAGCAGCGCCAGAGAAUCAGGUCGCGAGAAGUGCAAUUACAGGCGCGUAUCGGAUCAUGCUGCAUCGAGCACAUCGCGCCCGCCGUAUGAGCCAUUUGGAUCCGUCUGUGCCUGCAACAACGGACAGCCCAGUUGGUAUUCCUAAUUCCAUUUCAACACCUCUCAUCCAUUCUGGUCCAUCCGCUUUGAUAGACCACAGCAAAAAGCGUUACCGAACAAUGAGCCCCUGCCGAACGACAGAUCGGACGAGACGUCGACCGACAAAAACCAGUCGCUUUUGCGUUAUUCUAUGA